AUGUUCGAAACGCAAGUGGCGGAUUUGCUGCAGCGCGCCGCCGGAGAGUACAUACGAGGCAUAGAUAAAACGGCUUUGAAAAUCAGCGUACUUUCCGGCGACGUGAUUUUACGUCGGUUACAACUGAAACCGGAAGCGUUCGAGCGGUUGAACUUACCGAUUGAUCUCACGAGAGGCGUCGUCGGGAGUUUGAGGGUAAAAAUCCCGUGGGCAAAGUUAGGAAAGGAACCCGUGGUGGUGACGAUAUCGGAGGUGUUCGCGUCGGCGAGACGGUUGAGCGCGGAGGAAGUCGCGAAGCGGGCGAAGGAGAGGAGAGAAGAGCAUAAAAAGGAGGACGAAGCGGCGGUUGAGAAAGAAGGAGAAGAAGAUGAAGAUGGGAAGAAGAGGAACGAUGAGAAAGUUGAGAGACUAGAUAACGCUGAGAGAUUAUGGCUCGUGAAACGUUUGUUCGAUCCAACGCACCGCAAGGAGGAGGGAGGCGGCGGCGAAUUUAGGGAAGGGGAGCACAGCGGAGGAGACGACGGAGGAUUCGUGCAAAAGUAUGCGAAAAUUAUACUCGCAAACUUACAAAUUUCGAUAGAGAAUAUACACAUUCGGUACGAAGAUGAAGUGACAACUCCAAACCACGCGUUCGCCGCCGGGUUGACGAUUCGUAACGUCAGCGCGCACACGGUUGAUAAAAAUGGGAAUCCGGAUUUCGUAAAAUCGGCGUCGUUUGCAGAAUUUCGGAAAAAGUUAACGUUGGAUGGAUUCUCGAUUUACUUUGAUAGCGAAGAGGAAGAGAAGAACACUAAAAAUACGACUGCGAGCAAUGAUAAUAAUAGGAAGCAGCGCGUGCCAAAUGUGUUUUUUACGGAAAAUCCAGAUCCGAAUGCAAAGGAUAUGCAGCAAUGGUUAAAUGUGUUCAUGCCGGCUUUCCGAGACGACGAAGACGACGAAAAGGAGAAGGUCGUUCUUAGAUAUAAUCGAAUUUUGCAACCGAUUUCUGGCUCGUUCAUCUAUACGAAACGCGCAGACGAGAGAUUUGACGAUGGCGAAACACCUCGUCAACUCAUGGAGUGUUACGUUGAUACUGCUGGCGUACGUCUUAAACGUGCACAAUAUCACAAUAUAGCUCGAGUUUUGGAAGCGUUCAAAGUCCAUCAGUUGAGAAGUGAAACGGAGCAUUUGCGGCCGAAUCUCUUUGAAGGGGAGUCACCACGGACACAUCCUCAACUGUGGUGGAAGUAUGCUAUUUUAGCCGCGCAAAUGAAAAUUCGAAAGCGGCGGCAGCGCGCUUUCGCUAGCGCCCUGAAAUGGGAAGAUAUCGUCGACUUGUCUCGAAAGAGAAGACGGUUUUUGACGAUUUAUAAUCAACCGGGCGGCGCAGACAAUGACGAUCUUCUCGAUGAAGUAUACGAAAUAGACUCAAAAAUAUCUUAUCACGCAGCGAUGACCUUCCGAUGCAUCGCACAUCUCGAGAGAGAGCGCAUGAAUGAUACCAAUUCAAAUUCUAUCGCUCUCGCAGCCGUCCAUGACGCGAAGAGAUACUACGCGAAAGAAGUUCUUCCUCAUAAAAAGAAGGGAAAGAUUUCAGCGUGGUUUGGUAGUUACUUUAGUAGUGGUAGUGGUACUAGUGGUGAUAGCAGUAGAAGUAGCGCUCUCAAGGACGAUGAAGAAAAGGAGGAGAGAAACGAACAAGUGGGCUCAUUGUUUAGCGACGAUGAUUUCACAAAACUCGAAGAAGUGUUUGACGUGAAGACGAUCGAGUCUCAACAAAAAUCUGCUGAAAGUUCCUGGAAAGGAAAAGAUCUAUCAGUUUCUCUUAACGUAUCGAAAAUGUUCAUCGCGAUAACGGAAAAUGACAAUCGCGAUAUUGUCAGUUCAGUCGCGCUAGAUCUCAGAGCUUCUAGGGGUGUUUACAAGAAUGGAAAUGCGACGAGUUUUCUUAAUAUUUUAGGUUGGGUGGUUGAUGCGAAUGGAACAAAAAUAUUACAAUCCGGCAUUGACAGGAAAGCCGAAGGCACUAUUACAUCCUCCACAGUUUCUUCAAAUGGAGCACUUUCCGUGUCUUACGAAGAGUAUCCACCAUUCGAUGUGGAAUUUUACGAUUCGAAAGCUGUCGUGAUCGCCGCGCCGACAUUCUUAGUCGUUGAAAAGCGCUUCAUCGACUCAAUCACUGGAUUCUUUGAAAAACCAGCGUCUGACGAACUUACCUCAGAAGUCCUCGGAGAUUUUGCUGAAGAAAUUGCGAAUGCAACAAGUAAUGUCGCCAAGCGUACUGCUUCUGGUUUGCCUAGUGUAUUGAAUCGAAUGAAGUUUGAAAUUUCUAUCGAUGCUCCUAAAAUUGCGCUUGUACCGUCGUCGGCUGAGGGGAAUACGACGAUUAGUUGUGAUAAAAAAAUUGUCUUGGAUUUAGGUAAAUUUAUAGUUUCCAACGAUCCAGAAUGCGAUCAAGGUAGCGCAAACAGUGGGGUUCGCGGUGAUCCAAAGUAUAACGCGUUCACUGUGAAGGCAGAGAAUCUCGCGGCUUACAUCGCCUCUGGUACAUUCGACGUCCAAGAGAGACAUGAAAUUUUACUGCAGGGCGCAAAAGAGAAUCGUUCGCGAAAUGAUUUCGAAGCUUAUUUCAUCCUCAAACCCCUAAAAAUCAGUCUCGAUUUACAGAUUGCCGGGAGUGGAUUCGAAGUAUUCGAUGAAUUGAAAAGUAAUACAGCGUCGUCUGAUGAACAAAAUCCGGGAAUGAUUGCGAAAGCAGACAUCCCAGAUCUAGCGUUCACACUCUCACCAUGUCGGCUAGCGAUGAUAUAUAACAUAGUGAACUCUUUUAAAAAGAGUCAACAAUAUGAUGAAAAGGAUAGAACGCAUGAUACAGAACGUGUUGCAAUUAACUCUCGCACAGAUGAUGGUACUUCGACAGAGAUAGCGACAAGUUCGAAAAGAAGCGAAGGAAGCAAAAUAAGUAGAAUAAUUUCGUCGCGUGUAUCUGUUGAUGUUUCGCGAGCCUCGGUUGCUUUAUGGGGACAAAAAAUGGGGUGCAAAGACAACAAUACCGUUGUGGAUGGCGUAUUGUUUGGUGGAGUCGAAAGGUUAUCCGAAUUUGAGUGCGCAAGAUCGGAGCAUGCGAUUGUUGAAAUUGUAGCCACGAGUGCAAAAACAAUAAAAACAUCGACAAAUAUGGACGAAAGUUACGUCAUCGAAGCGGGCAAAUUAGAAAUUUACGACGUGCUUUCGGGAGGAUAUUUCAUUCAGCUCUCAAAUUUACCGGGAAAUGGCGAAAGCAAGGGUGUUAAAAUGCGAUACGAUAGCUGGACAAGUACAGAUUCACCGACCUUUACGAAUUGCUACGGCCAGCUCGAAGUUACUUCAGAUAUUUGUUUUCUGGGCAUUCGCCGACCAACGAUAGCAUCCGUUUCUCGAUUUUACGAUGAGCUAUCGCUUGUAAUGUCCUCUAAUAAGACUUCCCCGUCAGAAUCUGAAGUAGAAAAUACCAAUACGAGCGAUUGCGAUAUCGAUGAUGAUGAUGAAAAGGAAGAGGAGGAUGUUCCCAUAAAAUUUCGUCUGGCAGUUAGAUUCAAAGAAUUAUCAUUGAGAACAUUUGUUGAACCCGAAGAUAUCGCAAAAAACGGCAAUAAUUCAGCAGUAGCUUCGAUUGGAAUCCAUGACGCAGAUAUCGCAAUAUUAACACAAACAGGGUUGAAUCCUAUGAAAGUGUUUGGUACCCUUGGUAGCUUGAGCGUAAUGAAUGAAACGUUACCCGAGUCGCAUCCGCACAGAUACUUUGUCUCGGUUAAAAAAGAAGAAAAUCUAGAGCUUGAUCGUGCUGGACAAGAGAAGUCAUACUUCGAAUAUCGCACCUUCAAUCGUUCGCACAGGAAUUUUCCAGGUCACGAGCAACAUCUGCUUCUGAACUUGAAGAAGUCAAAAGUUACUUUUCUGAUGCAUUUCUUUUCGCAGCUAUUAAGUAGCGUUGGUGGAUUACUUGCCGAUGCAAUUCCAAUCGAUAAGCUUCCUGAAAAUGAGAGAAGCGCAGAGAUCGUGCGGCGAGGGGUAACGCGACCUUCUACGUUUAAGUACGAUGUAGCGCUAUCCCAAGCCAAGAUUGUUGUUCCAAAAUCUACUUCAUCUCAGGAAGCACUAAGUCUUGAUGCAAAAAAUGUUUCCGUAUGCAACAGUUUGCAAUGGAAAUACGGCGAUAGUCAUCUAACUCGAGGUGCUGUGUUGAUGGAUACAAUGUCAAUUCAGUUAAAAGACUUUGAGUUGUUUAUGGUGAACGGGAAAGGUGAGCGCGGCUCCUACCCGGCGUUAUUUUGCGCAAAAGGCGAAAGCAAUGAUCCUGCUCAAGUUUUCAGUCUCGAUUUGAUAUCUCCAUCUUGGGAUCCCACGGAAAAAAUGUGCGCAAAAGAAAUGCGUCUCUGCGCGGAUGGCGCGAUCACCGUAGAACUUGAUGACGUCGAAUACAAUAUAUUACUUGCCGUUUUGACUGGAAAUUUCUCCGAGACGGGUUUCAUCCAGGAACCACUUUUUGAGUACGCGGAAAUUGAAGUUCCGAAAGAGAACGGUACAGCAGAAGGCGAAAUUCAUACUGCGCCUUCUCUCAGUAGCGUGAUUACGGUGAAUCUACCGGAGGUGUGCUUGUCCAUGUUCAAUUCACCACGGCUCAACGCGAGAGCAUCGCCGUUGGCGAGGCUAAUACUCAGUCGCCUCUGGGUUUCCUACGAAACUUUACGAAAUGACGCAGACGCGUACAGUGUUCACUUGACUUUGCCUGUUCUGAGUGUCCGAGAUGUACGGGACGGAACCGAACCAGCUGUCGCAGAAGUAAUCGACCACGCUGAUAGGUCGUUGACGCUUUUAACGCUGGAUUUACUAUCUAGAGCCGAUAAAUUUGAUCUUGGAGUAAAUCUACAGUCUUGCCGUCUAAAAGUUGAUCCUCAAUUUCUGAGAGAGGUUUUGUACUUUUUUAAUCUUAGAGAUGACGAGUUGAGACGACAAAUACUCGAGCGGCGUUUGAAGAACGAUAUCAGUUUCUCGAACAAGGAUUUAAUAUCCCUGGCUCCAAGAAAAGAAGGUGAAGUUGACGAUGCUGAGAUUAUAACCCUCUCUCCAGCAAAACGAAUUUUGUGUGACGGAUUACACACACCUCUGUGGUGUACCUUGGAUGGGAACAGGAGAAAAAUAGUUUUACCGCAUUCUGUGACGAAGCAUUCGUCAUCACUAAUUUGUGUAGGUAAUUUUCGAACGCUUACGAUUAGGAAUGCUGUUAUUGAAGGCGACGUGGAAAGAUUUAUCAGUCUUGGUACGCGUUCGAAUAUAAUCUAUGAUAAUGUAACCUUUGCGAAACGCAAGGACAACGAACCCAGAGACUUUAUGAAAGUACCAACAAAGAAGGAGUUGAAAACAACAAGUGCUACAGAGUGUGUUACAACGUGUUCCAUCCUAGCAAGAAACGUUGAGCUCUUGGUUCUCGACUCUGAUACCACGAUGAACCGCGGGAAAACAGCGAAAACUACCAAUGCCGGUAGAAAUGCAUUGUCCGUACAACUGUACGCAUCGGUUGACUAUAAGUCAAUGCCAAGUGAGAUUGCGAGAUCAAGCACCAGAUCAGAAUUGAACGCCUUUGUGAACGGCGUCACCGUAAAUCUCUGCCGCAGCACCAAUGAUCCCACUAAAACAAAGUUUUUGCCUAAAACGAGCUUCUUGGAACCAACCGAUUUCGAUGUAAAAUUUAUAAAGGAUGCGCACGGGUAUCAAGUGCGGCUGGUAUCUUCUGAUGUGCGUUCAAGUUUUGAUUCUAUGAGUCUUCGCGUGGCGAGAAAUUGUAUAUCGCAACUUAGUGACGUCGUCAAAAAGAAAGUGGCAUUGUCUACUUUGGUCGCAGCGUGCAAUUCCUAUCUGCCAAUAAGCGCCUCUCGGCAUACGAACUUGAAAUUCUGGCGCCCAGUGCCACCGAAAGGAUUUUCUUUUCUCGGUGACGUGUGCUUUUCCAUAGAUGCAGAUGCACCCGCAACUCCAGUACACUCAAUCAGUGACACAGCUGAUGUCACCUCUUUACCAAUUGGAUUCAAUUUAGCGUGGCGUUCGCCCUCGAACGAUUGUUUUAUAUGGUCUCCAAUACCUCCCAGUGAAGAAUACGUAAGUCUUGGAUGCAUCGCAACAGAAACUGAGAGCAUGCCUGACGUUGUGACGAUUGGGUGCAAAGUUGUCAGACGAGAAGUACUGAAAGAGUGCGAGAUAUUAGAUUGCGCGUAUGACGGUGGUGAUGAUCAACUUAAAUUCUGGAGAUUAGAGAACAGCUGCGGGACUUUUAUCCUUUCGGAAAAGAAAGAGUAUGCGAGAUCGAGAUUUGCUGCACAACUUCGCACUCCCUUAAUUCCUGAGGAAUUCAUCGAAGAGAAUUACGAAAAUGUCUCGCACGAAGCUGUAAUCGUGAGCGAUUCAGGUGAUGGUGAUAUACCCAUCAAAUCUAGCGACGAAACUUCGAUCCAAGUUUCUUUGCCGAGAAUCGCGCUCACCUUGUGCGAACCCGGUAAGCGCGACCCUUUUAUUGCUCUUGACAUAAAUGACGUUGCGGUCGUAGUUCGUGGAGUUGAAGGCAGCGAUGAGAAUGGUAUGGCAAGAGACGGUUCUGCCAGUACAAAGAUAGAUGUAGCGUUCUUCAAUCCUCGCGUUGCAUCUUGGGAACCCAUAAUUGAAGCAUUCGAUGUGUGUGCUCGUUUCAAUCGCGCGCCGAUGAUGACGGACAAUACUUGUUUAGAGGACAGCUUAAAGAUUUCGAUUGCGAAUGUGAUCGGUGUAAAUUUCUCGAGCUCACUCGGUGAUGCGAUUGUUAAAUAUCAGCGAGAAGAUCAUAAGCUUUUGUCUUCCGAAAUAAGUCCGUCUUCUGAGGCAGUGCCACCAUUGUCAUCACGGUGGCAGCAGACUCUUCGGAACAUAUCGAAUUCAGACGAUGAUCGUAAUUUCUCCGAUUCAAUCGCUCCAAUACUGAAGAAUGAGCUUCGAAGAUCGAUAUAUGUUCGAUAUCAACGCUCCACCAAAGACGAUGUAGUUGAAGUAAUGCCACAGAAAUGUAUCGCAUUGGACUCAUUAACGGCUUUCGGCAAUAAAAUUUUACCUAUUCUAGAUAAAAGUCUCGAGCCACCGGAUUCAAGGUUCGGAAGUGAAACCACUGAUGGAUACUUAAAUCCGAAUAUCUCGUCAUCUUCACAAAUGCGAAUGAAAACGCUUCAAUUACAGUCAACAUUCGUUCUAACGUUUGCAAAGUGUCGCAUUAGAAUUGGAGCAAAUAAUCGCAAUUUGGUGGACGUAGGAGAAUCUGAAUUGUAUGCUCGAAUAAAUUUUGCUGAGAAUUUAAUGAGAACACGCGCUUCUACGUUGAUCAAAGCCUCCUCCUCAUCGUCGUCGAAGGAAGAUUCGCAUGUCGAAUGCAUCUGGUCGGAUAAGUUCAUCGCGAGAGUUCCGUCGGAUGCGAUCGAUACUUGCUCUGUGCGCAUUUCAAUAAUAGAUGCUCGCGGGAACGGUGGCCACGGUAAGAUAAUUUCAUUUUUGAGCGAUGUGACUCUGUCCGAUUUAAUUAAUAUGGACGACGAGCCAUCUCGGUCGAGUACCAUAAAGUUACCGAAUGAUGUUGAAAUUCAAGUUGCUUUCGAAGGAUACGGUGCAGAUAGAACUUCCGGAGGGGAAAGUAAUGCGCAAAAAUCACUACUAUCUUCAAGGACUAGGCAAACUCACAUCGGCGAUUCAAAAGGUGGCUCGGCAACAAAUGCUCUCUCAAGGAAAAUUUCUGUGGAAUCAUCAUCUUCUGUGCCAUCGUAUUAUUUGAGUUUGCAUCCUAAGGGACCUUGGACGCGACUCAUAUGUGAAGAGCUGACGCUUUCAGAAUCGUCAGAUGCGAUUGAUUUGAGCGAGUUCCUUGAUUACAAUGAUGCAGUAAAAUCGAAGGAAAAAAAUGUUCUUAAAGCUGUUAUAGCGCGUACAAUUGAUCCGAUAACGCAGAGGAUUGAACGAACUAUACGGGAACUUUCCCGAUUCCGGAACGAAACGGAUCGGUCGAUUGAAAUUUUUGUCGUUCCGGCGAGGAUGACACCGGAAAAAACUGAAUCUUUGGAAAUGAAGGCAAACAAUGAGAAUGGAACAAGUUUGGGAUACGAGUCUCUGAAAAGCAGAAGUAGCGAUCAAACGCAGUCUGAGAGAGUACGACGUGUCGUUGAAGAAGCUUUCGAAAACGAGCGCUUUCUUCCUUUCCGAGGAUGGCGUUCUACGCAUCUUUUACUCACGGAGCGCAAAGCGUGGUGCACCCGCACUGGUUCUAAUUCCAUGUCUUUGAAAGAAGACUUUUUGUCCGCUAUAGAAUCAAAUAAGCCGACUGACUGGACGUGGGAGGAAGAUGAAUGGGAAGUUGAUACAACACAUCCUCAUUGCGAUGAGGACGGUUUUGCGUACGCGGGAAGCUUUCCAGAAUUAAAAUAUCCUUUUCGCGCUGGGCAGGAGACGAAAAGCGCUCUAAGCUUUGUGAGGAUGCGAAGAUGGACACGAACCCGUAGAUAUGUCGUCCCCUUUGGCGCAUCUUCAGAAAGUACUGACCGCAUGUCUUCGAGUAAUAGAGAAAGUUUCGUAGACGUCGAGAACCAUCACGUCACGUACCGGACCAUCAUUGAGGCAGGAUGCGAAAAAUCGCUUCCAAGCGCUGUUAUUGGACCCGAUGCAUCCUCGCACGUGUAUUUUCGUGUCCUAGGUACAGAUAAGGAGAGUAAUAGCGAAUUAUUUUCUUCGUGGGCUAAGCCGGUAAAAUCCGGCUUUUUCGACAGAAACUUCGAUGACCGGUUGAAUAGUGAAUCGUCUGCGAUAGAAGACGCUAUGAUAAAACGCGCGAAUAAACGUGGGGGAUUGGCGCUUGCAGACGGAGUGGAAGAAUCUGCAGUGCACGUUUGCGAAGACGCUGAUGGUUUAAAAGGAAAGAGCUGGUUCGUAUCCGUUCGAUGUGAACACUUUCCGCUCGAAAAUGCUACAUUAGCGAGCAGAAAACCUUCAGAUAAAACAAGUGUCGAUUUUCAACGAGCGGCGGCGCUGAAUAGCGAAUGGAUUGUCACAUUAUCUGCGCCUUGGUGUGUGAAGAACGCGUUGCCGGUGUCAGCCGAAAUUUCUCUCAACUCAUACGAACAACUACGCGAAAAUGAAAUGUAUUGCUUUAAAAAGAAGUAUUCGAAAAUUCUUGGUCCGGGUGAAAUUGCAAAGACACACUACGUGGAUCCAGGAGCAAAGUGCGUAGCUCGCGUAGAGUCAAUUACUGGUGGAUGGGAACCGAGUCAGCUCAUAGAUUGCGCGACACCGCUCGAUAAGAAAUUUGAUUAUUUUAAUUACGGAGUUCCCGUUUCGCCGGCAAGUUGUAAAGAUGCGGCAAAGAAUGAUAAUAAUGCGCCGAUUUUAAAUUCCGGUGGUUCCUUCACAUUUGGAACUGAGUUUACAGACUCCUUAAGCGGUGGAUCUUCGGCUAAAAACGGUAUUAAAUCUCGGGACGCCUUCGAGGUGGUGAAAGUGAGCCACUCCAGCAAGUUAGCUUCUGGAAAUAAGAUUGCCAUGAAAUCUUCAGUUAAAAUUGUAUGUUCAAAAUGGGACGAAACUGACGUCGCUUCAACGAGGGUGCUUAUUUUAUGUUCUCCCAUAGUUUUAAUCAAUCGAACCGGUGAUGAUAUCGUAUUUCGCUCAUCCGCGAUAUCUGAUGGUGGGAAGCAAAAUAAGAAUAGAGAAACUUCGAGUAAUCCUUCGAUGUCUGAUGUAGCGAUGUCUCUAAUAGAUGAUACAUCUGAAAUGCGAAUCAGCGAUGAGAGCCAUGUCGACGACUCGUCUGCCCGACUAUCGGCGCAGACGGCUUAUCUUUCGAAGACGCUACCAACGAACGGGUCAGAUUUGAGCGAAGUGUACGUGCUCAAAGGAGGGACUACGGGACGUCCUGAGGACAGAAUAACAUUCAUCGGUGCCGAAAGUGCGAGCGAGCGUCAAGAACAGGCAGCAGCUAGACUAAUAUCCAAGAAUGAGCGUUUAGAGAUAGGAUGCUCUAAGAAAUCUUUAUCUGAACCGUUACCAAUCGCGGAGCGAGAUUUCAUAUCAGAACGAAUCGUCGUUGUAGAGUGUUUAACGAAAGAUGGUCAAACGAGCUAUCCAAUCAGUAUCCGCUCAGAGGAACAGCAUUAUCUUGCAAACAUUGGAGAUGGGUUGGAGCACACGCGAGGCAUGUUCACAGAAUGUCUCGCUAUCAUUCUCGAACCUGCAUUUAGCCUCAUCAACGAUACCGGUGAAAACAUUCAUCUUACCCAAGUCGAUCCAAAUAAAGAACAUGUGUUUAAUGAGAAAAAGGAUGUCAUUAUUUUGCACUCUAAACGCGAGAAUAAGCGCGGUGUUCCUUUGAGAUGGACUGAUACAAAUUUGCCGAGAGUACUGUACGCCAAGCGAGAACGUGACGAAGAAUGGGUGAUGCCUUUUGUGCUUAAAUCGACGCACACUGGAGAUACGUUACUUCCCAUACAUAAAAGAGCUGAAGCGUUAGAGGAUUUAGAUGAUUUUUUACACGUCCACGUCGCGAAAACUGAGUUGACGCACGGUUCUUCGCGAGUGCAUUUUUCUUUGAGAGUAGGAAAUUGUGUUUUAGAAGAGCAGAUACUCGGUUCGCCGCCGAGUAAAGAAAUGGCGUUGAAGAAGAAGAUGCAACAAGAUGCCGCCCUCGAUCGCGCGGCGAGUAAAAGAGAGAAAUCGGUUCCUUCUGCUCAGAACGAUGUCGUUGUCUCGAGAAGAGUUACUCUUUCUAUACCAGAAUUUGUUUUAUCGACGAUUGAUUCGAAUGUUGAAGAAAUUUUUGUCGUGACAUUGAAAGGAAUGGAUUUAGAACACCAACAAUCAAUUGUUGGUGCGUCCGCCUCGUCCAUCAGAUUUGUAUUACACUCGCUGCAAAUUGAUGAUAUGAGUCCUACGACGCAGUAUCCAGUUUUGCUUCGCGUCAUGCACGAUGCAAAAGAACUUGUAGUACCGCCAAUGUUGAAUUUUGGUAUGCGAUCGUAUCUCGAGGCGGACGGUAAAACGAAUGCAUACGAAGAAAUAUUGAUAAAUUUCUCGAAUGCUCCAUUGCAUAUUGCCGCGUAUGAACCUUCGUUAUGGCGCGCGCUUGAAUUUUCCGAUCAUUUCGUUGAUGGAUCGAAACAGAGCGCGGUAUCUCCAGUUGCGAAAGGAAAAGAAAGCCAUCAAGCGGAUCCUCAGAUAUUCAUAGAAAUGAUGAAAAUCUCGAAAGUAAGAAUCGCCAUAUCAUUUCGCGCGUCGGAACAAAAACGCCCGAAACGUAUUAGAAAAGUUUUCCCCGGUAUCGUCACCGUUGUCAACUUGGAUGAAGCCACGCUUGACUUACGUCCUAUGAGACUCGAAAACCAAUGCGCGAAAAAAUCAACAUUUCAGGAUACUUUGACAAAGGCGUACGUCAAACAAGUCAAAUUACAGAUUAUUCGAUUGUUGACUGGCUUUGAUGCGUUAGAUUCAGUGGCUUUGGCACUGAAUCGUGCAUCGAUGGGGCUGUCAAAAUUGUCCGGCGGGCGCGCGUUGGAAGAUCUUUUUGGUGUUUCGCAAGCAGGAGGGAAGAAGCCUACAAUGCUCUCAUCCGCACUUCGCGAGAAGUUUGCUAUCGGUUCGAAAGACAGUCGCGAUGACGACGACUCCAAUAAAUCAGCCGUGAAAACUGGCGCUGCGGUCGUUGGACUGAUGGAUGGAACUGAAACUUUAGCCAGAGGCGUUUUAAGUGGCGUCACCGGUGUCUUUAUGCAACCAGUCAAAGGUGCGAUGAAAUCUGGCGCCAAAGGAUUCGUCAAAGGCUUUGGCAAAGGUCUGGUUGGAGCGGUGGCGCAGCCAGUUUCGGGUGCUGUUGGAAUGAUGAGUCACAUGGCUGCUGGAGCAUCGGGCAGUGUUCGUGAGGCGAAAGAACUCGUUGGCUUAUCUCACGGCGCUCAAUUCGCGAAAAGAGUCAGACCGGCGAGAGCUCCUUCAGCUGAUGGAAUAUUGCGACCUUUCAGUAAAGAACUAUUGAGUUGUGAAAAAUUAUGGAGAGCCAUAUCGAGUUCGAAGAACAUCUCGAGAAGAGCGUUUGCGAACGAGCACUUUGCGUGGCAAAUUAAUGUUGGAAAGAAUAUGGACAUUACUCAAAUUUUAAUGCGUGACGAGAAGAGCAAAGUUUUACCGGCGAAUGCGAAUUUCACCCUUUUCGCUACGAAUUACCGAUUAUUGCUCGCGAUGACGAGUUCAAAUUCAACGCGGUCGCCGGUUAAUACUCCGAGCUCCUAUCGGAUUUGUUGGGAUAUAUCAUGGUGCAACAUUGAAAUGGCGUAUGUUAGAAGUGCUCUAGAAAAUAGAAGCGUGGGAGAUGCGAUUUGUAUCAAACUGAAGCGUCCAAGUCUUUUAGAACGAACGAUAAAAAACAAGGCAAAAAAAGCGGCGCGCGAGAAGAAAAUAAAGCAAAAGCGACCAGAAAAAUUUCUGUUCCGUGAAGAUGAAUUGACCAGAAUAGUUCCCUUGGGUAAACAAAGCGCGCGAGAUGGUGAUGAUGAAAGUUUUCAUCGGUGGGUGUGCGACCAGAUCUUACAUCACUCUCGAACGUUCGGAAAGGUGUAUAUCGUUUCACAGGCUUUAUCUAGAGGAAAGGAAGGUUCAGAUGCCGUAAAAAAACAACCCCGUUCGGAUGAAAUCAGUGAAGAGAGUUCCGAAGACGAAGGAGACUUGGUUUUAUUUUCCGAUAGCGAUAGCCUGAGCGCAGAACGAAUUCUUCGAGAUGAAGGCGGCGAGUUCACUUCCGAGAGCGAGGAUCUGGAUGGCGACUUUGAUGAGGACGAUUUCGACGACAACGACGACGGAGAAGAAGGAUAG